AUGUCGACGACGGACAAGCCGGAGAUCUCCUUCGUCGACGACAGAGAAGACGACGCCCAGUCCGACUCGGAGAAGGCGCCUGUGGUGCGCAUAAUCGACGAUGUGCGCGUGCUGGGGCUCAGCGAGGACGAUGCCGAGUUUUAUGCCAAUUUCACGCCGGAGCAGCGCAAGAAGACGAUUCGCAAGAUCGACAUUCGCUUGGUGCCGAUGCUUGCGGUUCUCUAUCUCAUCUCCCAUCUCGACCGCGCCAACAUUGGCAAUGCCAAGAUUGAAGGUCUGGCCGAGGACCUGAAGCUUAGCGGUGUGCAGUGGAACAUUGCCCUCAGUCUCUUCUUCGUUCCUUAUGUCCUGCUUGAGGUUCCUAGCAACAUCAUCCUCAAAAAGUUCAAUCGUCCAUCCGUAUACCUUGGUACCCUCGUAACGAUAUGGGGUGUCAUAAUGACCUGUCACGGCGUUGUGAAGAACUUUGCUGGUCUUCUCAGCGUCUUCUCCUUGGUGUCUUUGAGGCCGGCUUCUACCCUGGUGCUGUUUAUCUCUGCACAUUCUGGUACCUACCCUCGCAUCGCCUGGUUCUACUGCACAUCCGCCCUCUCCGGCGCCUUCUCAGGCCUCCUCGCCGCCGCAAUCGCAAAGAUGGACGGCGUAGGCGGCUACGAAGGCUGGCGCUGGAUCUUCAUCCUCGAAGGCAUCUUCACCGUCGGCCUCGGCAUCGCCACCUUCUUCCUCCUCAUCGACCGCCCCUCCCUCAGCGGGAAGUGGCUUACCCCCGAAGAAAUCCGUUUCCUCGAGAUCCAGCACUUCAUCAAGCAGGGUGGGCGCUUCCAGGACGAGAAGCAGGAGGACAAGUUCAAGUGGCACGACCUCAAGGCCGUUGUCACGAAUUGGCGGCUGUACAUGCAGGCGUGGGCGCUCCUCGCCACCUCGGCGUGUUCGUAUGGCACUAAAUUCACGCUGCCGACCAUCACGAAGGCUAUGGGCUUCAACAACACAGCCGCACAGCUCAUGACGGUUCCGCCGUACUUUUGCGGCGCUGCCUCGGCCAUCUUCUUCGCACGCUUGUCGGACAGGUUCUACUGGCGCAUGCCCUUCGUCGCGAUCCCCAUGGGUCUCAUCACCAUCGGCUACGGCGUCAUCAUCUCCUUCAAGGGUGAUCUGUCCGGUAACAUUGCGGGAGCUAUGGUCGGCGUCAUUAUCACCUGCAUGGGUAUCUACCCCAUCCAGCCCGCGGGUUCCUCCUGGGCGGCGAACAACCUCGCCCCGGCCUCGCGCCGCGCCAUCGGUGUGGCUUUCAACAUUUGCGUGGGCAACAUCGAUGGUAUCAUUGGUAGCUACAUGUAUCUCGACAACGAAAAGCCAAAGUACUACACCGGUUUCGGGCUGUCGCUGGCGUUUGGCGGCAGCGGGUUGAUCGUUGCGCUGCUGCUGGAAUGGAGCUACAAGUGGGGGAAUGAUAGGAAAGCCAAGAUGUCCGAGGAGGAGAUUCGGGCAAAGUACACGGAGCAGCAGCUUAUGGAUAUGGGUGACAAGAGCCCUCACUUCAAGUACACUCUAUAG